CGGACGCGUAAACAAUAAAAUUAAAAUUCUUCCAAGUGUUUUGUGAAAAUUUUGUGUUAUUUUACGAUAUCUGCGAAUAACAAACAUUGCUAUUCAUACAACUGAGCUCAAAACGUUGUUCCAAUCUUAGAGUUGUGUACUUUUGUUCGCGUUUGUAACAUAUCGUUUUCCUUUGCAACAUUUUCAUUAGCUGUUUAGGUGAAGGGUUUUCGUUGUUUUUGCGUUUGUUUCUGUUUACUAUUAGUGUUUAAGUUCGCUGUGGAUUUAGGAUCAUGCCACCCCGAAAAAAGUCGACAAGUAGCACGGAAUCCAGCAGCGCCAGCUCAUCGGAUUCAAGUUCGAGCGACAGCAGUUCUAGUGGCAGCGAUUCCGGAAGUUCCAGCAGUGAAAGUGAUUCUUCUAGCUCUCAGGAAGCACCUGCCACUAGGAACAGCACAAACAACAGCAACGCGAAUGUUCCAAAUAAAACAAACGAGAAAGUAAUCCGUCGUCGUAGCUCCGAAACGACGGCAUCAGCAUCAAAAGCGAUGGUUGCCGCAGCAGCAGCUACUGCAACAAAAGAUUCUGAUAAAACUGCUUCAAAAACAGGCGCUAACAACAAACAGCGAAAAGCUUCAAAAGGCUCGGUUUCCACUACCGAUGACGAUUCCGCGGUCGAAACAAAACCUGCUCCAGUUGUACAAAAGAAGGUACAGCAAGCGGAAGCUGCUAAACGUAGAGCGCAGGAAAAACAGACAACCUCGUCCCAAGCAAACAUUCCGCAGGCAAUAGUUCCCCCGAUUACAGGUGGAAAGGUUCCACCUUCGGUUAUCAAACAGCAGCAGCAGCAACAUCAUUCACAGCAACAGCAGCAUAAACAGACUCCGAUGACCAAGGCGGCAGCUAAAGUGGGCGUUUUAGCAAAAGAACCACCGAAAAUAAAUCCGCCAAUUGCUAAGAAAGGACCAAGUCCAGCGCUGACUGCCCCCGCAACAAAGGCCAAGAAAAAGAGUAUAUUUUCUCCGGUUAACUCAUCCGAAUCCGACGAUGAAAAAGAUAAACCGGAGGUGAAGGAUAGACGUACCGCUGCUUCUAGCACAACAGGUUUAGUAUCGGGAGCUGCUGUAAGCAAAAACCAGCCUGCAUUGGGUAAAACUUCUGCUGGGUCGAAUAGCAAUCAACAACAACAACAGCAGCAACAACAACCACAACAACAACAAAGAACCCGAGGUCGCCCCCGAAAAAUUCCAAUUGCCACCCUAACUGGACCUGUGACUAAACCUAUUGCCCAAGUUAAACCUCAAGUUUCUGCCACACCUGUUAAAGCACAACCUCCGGCACCCGUUCAGCCAAAACCUUCGAAGCCAGAGGAAGAUGGAUCAUCGGCGACGACAACUUCCACAGACUCAUCCUCUUCCGGCUCUUCAGAUUCCGACUCGGAUUCUUCGGAGGACUCAUCUCCAUCAGCGACUGCUGCACAGCAGCUGAAAAAGACCAACAGUAAUAUGAAACGACCUCUCGAAAGAACACCGCAAAAAACCGACGGUAAGGACGCCGGCACUGAUUCGGAAACCGAAGGUACCGGGAAGCAAACGCGUAAGCUCACGCGCUCGUCAAGCACCAGAAAAUCGAAACAUUUGCUUGGAAAAAAUGCUUCGGAAACGGAAUCAGACACCGAAAGUGUUAAAAGAUCUGCUUCUAAGAGCCCUGUCAAAAAGGCACCUAUUGUGCCAACAAAGGGGAAAGCCAAAAACAGUAGCAAAAAGAAAGACCCUGUUAUCAAAGAAACUCCACUGGAGCUCGAAAAGGAACCUGAACCGGUGGAGAAUAGAUGCCCACUGGUACAUUGUCCCACUACCGGCCAUCUUGGUGGACAGUGCGAGCGCCAUUUCAUCCUGGAAGCUUGUCCCAUGUAUCACAACAUGUCAUCGCAACAUACUAAGGAUUUUCUUCAGGAACGCAAGCGAAGGGAGGAAGACCGCAAGAAAGCCGUUCCGGUUUAUGAGAACAGCAAGAAAAUACAAACACCAGAGCAGAAAGCUUAUAUGCAAAAGAUUCGUGAUCUUCGGACACGCUUCAAGCCGAAUCCACCACCAGUUGAGAGGCCAAAGCCUAUGGUCGAGCGUGAUGAGAACGAAAUCGACCUGGAACCGCUCCUAGAUGGAAUAGUUUCGGACUAUGAUUUACAGCUAUUUCGCGAAGCACAGGCAGUUGCUAGUGAGAGUAUGGAAAAUGAACUGAAAGACAUGGUUACGGGAAAGGGCACUCGCUUCAUUUCGAUGGGACGCCACUGCAUGCAGGUGUGGUAUCAGAGUCCCUACCCGGAUGAUGUUGCACGGUUGCCCAAAUUGUACUUGUGUGAAUUUUGCCUGCGCUAUCAAAAGUCGGAAGUGGGAAUGAAACGCCACGCAGCAAAGUGUGUUUGGCGGCAUCCGCCUGGUGAUGAGAUUUAUCGCAAAGGCAAACUUGGCGUGUGGCAGGUGGAUGGCAAACGGCAUAAACAGUACUGCCAGAAUCUUUGCUUGCUGGCCAAGUUUUUUCUGGAUCACAAAACGCUGUACUAUGAUGUGGAACCGUUCCUGUUUUAUGUUAUGACGCUGGCGGAUAGCGACGGAUGUCACACGGUUGGAUACUUCAGCAAGGAGAAAAACUCGUUCCUGAACUACAACGUGUCCUGCAUUCUCACCUUGCCACCCUACCAGCGUAAAGGCUACGGUCGGCUGUUAAUAGAUUUCAGUUAUCUCUUGACCCGCGUUGAAGGAAAAAUCGGCUCCCCGGAGAAACCACUGUCGGACCUGGGACUGAUAUCGUAUCGCUCUUACUGGAAGGAUGUGUUACUUGCGUAUCUCUGCUCGCGAACUGGAACGACUCUCAGUAUAAAAGACAUUUCGCAGGAAAUGGCUAUCAAUUCGUACGAUAUCGUCAGCACACUCCAGGCUCUUGGUAUGAUGAAGUACUGGAAGGGUAAACAUAUAAUACUGAAGAAGCAGGACGUGCUCGAGGAGUACGAGGAACGGGUAAAACGGCGAGGUAAUAUGCCAAAGAUCGAUCCCAGCUGUCUCAAAUGGACCCCAUUCGUGGCACCGACGCCGUCGUCACCGGCUUCCUAGCGCCAGUCGUACCCCUAUCAGUAUCAUUACCACCAGCACCAUUACCAACAGCAUUCGCAGCAGCACCUCCACUAUUAUUACAACAAUAAUAACAACAACAACAGUUACUACAACAACCACAACAGCUACUACAACAACGUCGGUCAUAAUCACAUCAAUAAUAAUAACGGCAGCAUGACACAUCAUCAACCGGUUACGACGCAUUUUCUCGGCAAUCAUUCCUUCAGAGGGAUGCAGCUGUAGGCUAGAAGUAAUCCUUACUCAACUUCAAAGGUAUGACGGUUUGCUGCAGGAUCUUACCGGCAAACAAACGACGGCUUACAGAAGGAUAGAAGUAAGCAACUAUUUUAAUGGUGAUUUUCUGAACAAACACUCGGGAAGCCUAAAAACUGUGUGCAACACUGUUUGUGGUUCUUGAUUUGCCCGACACGAAAAAUCGUGUAGGCACUAGUAGUUUUAACACGAACGUACAAAAAAAAAUCUCGUUGAGAGUUUCCCUCUAACUGCUGCUCGCACGGAAGCUCAAGCGAGCAACUUAAAUACUCGUUUAACUGAUGCAAAAAUUGCUCAGUAAAAUUCACUUGACAUUGUGUCUAGGAAAAUUGCAAUUAUUUUUUUUAUUAUUAUUUUAUUAUUUUAACUAUUGAUGUGAAAGUUUGCUUCCAUUCUGUUGUAAAAUUUUCUGUUACUCCAAAUGAACUUUAUGGAUGGUUGAAUUGACUAUUAACCAUUACAAAAUCAUUUAAUUUUUUUUCACAUCCCUUCAAGCAAUUUAGUAUUGUUCCUCUCCAGCUGAGAAGCGAGCUUGUAAAAUAAUUCAUGUGUACUGUAAGUUUAAUGAUCUUAGUUAAUGUGAUAGAGAAAGUAUUUAUUCAGUUUAUAAUCUCCACACCGUGCAGUAGUUGUAGUAUCUACAUUUACUGUGUAAUUGUAAUGUAAUAAUUGUAAGAAUUGAAGAUCAAAAGUUUCAAUCACAGAAAAUCAAUUAUGUCGUUCAUUGUUUAGUACUGUUUGCAAAAACAAGAAAUCCAAAAGAAGUAAAUUCAGCAUUUUAAGCAACUUUUUUUCCAACUACCGACUUUUGACAGUAAAUUUAAUCAGUGAAUCAGUGAUAGAAAA